AAGACGGGAUCUCACCUGAGCAGCACACGUUCGUUCCCGACAAAUUACCGGCGACACAGCAUCGCUCAAGAGCCUCCGCCAGAGUCGCCAGACACGGGACCGCAGACAUGUCUACCGCAACCAUCAACGCCGCCAACGCCGUCGAAGCAUUCUUACCCCGGGAUCCCCGAACCCUCAGCUGGUUCCUCGCAGGUAACAAGUCGUUCCUGGCCACUUUACUCAUCGGCUAUGUGUACCUAGUGAAAGUCGGAGGACCGCGCUUCAUGAAGAACCGCAAGCCGUACGAAAACCUCAAGCCCGUCAUCGUGCUGUACAACUUAGCCAUGGUCUUCCUCAACAUGUACUUCGUCAAGAACUUCCUGACCAGAUCGUACCUGGGCGGAGGCUACAACUUGAUCUGCCAGGGCAUCAACUUCGAAGCUAAGGACGAGACGACGAAGGAAUUCCUCGUGCUCUGCUGGUGGUACCUCUGGGUGAGAGUGGCCGACUUCCUGGACACCAUCUUCUUCGUGCUCCGCAAGAAGGACUCCCACGUGUCCUUCCUCCACGUUGUCCAUCACAUCCUGGUCGUCUUCAACGGCUGGUACGGUCUCGCCUUUGGUCCAGACGGUCAGGUCGCUCUGGGCAUCAUUCUCAACAGCUUCGUCCACGUCGUCAUGUACUCCUACUACUUCCUGUCACUUAUGGGUCCUGCCGUCCGCCCCUACCUCUGGUGGAAACGCUACCUCACCCAGUUUCAGCUGGUGCAGUUCGUCAUCAUGUUCAUUCACAUCAUCAUGCCACUCUUCAUGAGCUGCGGCUACCCCAAGCUCCACUCGACGAUCGUUCUCGUCGAGGCAAUUUUCUUCUUCACCAUGUUCAUGCGCUUCUACUCCAAAGCCUACAGCAGCAAGCGCGUUCCUAGUCACGUCGAAGACUCCAAGGAAAAGUCAAAGUGAGUUUCUCUCGGUUUUAGGUUAAUCAAGGACAAUUUCACUUGUACUGUGCGCGCUUGUACGGGGGAUUUCGGGAGCUUUCAUGGUUGCACCCAGCUCCGGGAACUCUCUCACCUCCUGCCCCCUUCCGAUCCCAGCACAAGCUAGUACUUCUACUCGGACGUUGGCCACGCGGCAUCCUAAGGUAUUCAAAAGGGUUGCAGAAGUACAAAUCAACGCAAGACUGGUUGUUCGCGGGACUUGAAUUUGUAUAGUGAGAUUCGAAAUCCUCUCGAAGAGGUACAAGACCUGUGAUACGAGCCAGUGUUUAUAGUCCAGCUCUUCAUCGGGCAGAGCGUUCUGCCACUCGAACUGUACAAGACCCUCGUCACGAUGUCGAAAGUGGCGAUGCUCGGAGGAGUCACGUCGAACACUACCAACGCACAGUUAACCUCUACCGAGCUUCUGUCGAUGGUGUUUUUGUUCCUGGGAUUAUUUUUUUUUUACCCCUUGUGUCAUAAGUCAUUGUAAAUAAAACAAACAUGCUCCUGGG